AUGGCGCACACUGUUAAUAGAUUUCUAGAGAAAAUUCGAGAAUCAUUUCUCGAGAUUAAUAAAUUGAUUAACAAUGGUAAUAUAUUAAGUACCUAUUUAAAAUUUAAAUACAUAUGUAACUUUCUACGUUUAUUUCAGGAAAAAAAGCUUUCCUAAAAGCACCAUCGAGAAUAAAUAAAUACAGAAAAGAAAUGCCGGGGAUACCUUUACCACACAAACCCAUUAUUACUAUAUUGGGAACAUGGUUAAAUGCUGAACUUUUCUAUGCAAAUGAUUUUGAAGAGUUUAAAAACGUGAUUGAUAGUUUAACAGAUGAUGCUACAACUGUUGAAAAGCUGAAACAGCUCGUACAAAAUAAUGCAGUCAAAUGUGGUUUAGCAUUCAUAAAAUUACACUUAUCCGAGUUAUCCAUGAAUCUUAAAAAUUUGUUAGAUUCUAAUAGUGAACUAGCGUGGAUAUUUUUAUAA